CAUCCCCAUCCGGGCAGCCGUCCCGUUCUCGUUUUCCAUCCCCUCGGCGCCGGCCGGGCCGCGCCCGCGCCCCGCUCCACGCCGCCUCCACCCACCCCUGCCGCAUUCUUGGGACUGGUCUCUUUCGUGACGCCGCGGGAAGAGAACCCCGCGCCCCCUGGGGCACUCGUCGCUGUCGAGCGGCUGGCCGGCGGCCGAGGGAGAGAAGAAGCCGCGGCGGCCGCGGCGGUUUUUGGUUUGCUGGCCGGCCCGGAGUUCGAUUCCUCUCCUGAUUGGGGCGGUUUCUAGUACAGGGCUGGCUGAGGCGCCGUCGCUGUCCCUCCCAACCGUCUUCCUCUGGGGGAGUGCCUGGUCGCCGGCGGACGGCACCGCCGCGCCGGAGGCAGCUGCUAAUCGCCACGUCCGCUCGGCGUUGCGCGCCGGGUCGUCUCCUGCUGUCCUGCGGCGGAUCGUCGCGUACUGCACGCGGCGAGGCCGGCAUCUCUCUUCGGGAGACGGGCGCGGGCGUUCUUGCGCCGGAGUUGCCGCUCAGUUUGUAGCCGAUCGAUGGAGCUGUAGUGAUUCUGGUCAAUUUGAUACGAAUUCCUAGUUCGUCUCGGGAAACUUUACGGCCUCCUUUUUUGGCCACAGAACUUAGCGUGGUGCCUGCCUAGAAAGUGGAAAAAAUAGAAUACAUAGUGGAAGAUGAGAUCAGUAGUUCGGUCCCUCCGGCAGCUCCGCCGUUUCACCCAGUACCAUGCAGAGAGGCACUCAUCAGCAACCAGAUUGAUCAGGCAGCAGAAUGCUUUGAUCAUGUGCAGUUCGACAUCCCGUUCACUGAGCACACUACAUCGUGCUGGUGAAAUUAGCCGAAUUGCAAGUCCAGGUGUGGAGCUAAUGAGGACCAUGUUCUCCACCGUUGCUGCUGAUUCAGUCAAAGAUACUGGAAGAGGUGGUCCAAUGGUGGAAUAUGAGAGGAGAAUAGCAUCAGGAGAGCUUGUAGAUGGCGAUAGCUUUCAGCUUAACACAAUUCAACAAUUACAAAGGCUAUAUGAGGAGUUGAUUGAGAAUGAAGAAGACUGCCAGCUGGAUAGAUAUAAGUCAUCUGAGAAAUCAGGACGGAGUCGAUGGCUAUGGUCCCGCCUCAUUACCCAGCCUUCUACCUAUGCUCCAGUUAAGGGGCUGUACCUGUAUGGAGGUGUUGGUACAGGGAAGACCAUGCUUAUGGACCUGUUCUAUGAACAAUUGCCAUCUAAUUGGAGGAAAAAACGUAUUCACUUCCAUGAUUUUAUGUUGAAUGUACAUAGUCAUCUUCAGAUGCAUAAAGGUGUUUCAGAUCCCCUUGAUGUUGUAGCAGCCGAGAUUUCAGAUGAGGCUAUCAUAUUAUGUCUUGAUGAGUUUAUGGUAACUGAUGUUGCAGAUGCUAUGAUUCUGAACCGGCUGUUCAGACAAUUGUUCAGCAAAGGCGUUGUAUGUGGCUACUAUUUUCUUCCACUUUCUUAUGCGACUCAAAUACUAGGUGGCUUACAACGGGACCUUUUCUUGCCUUUCAUUGACACCUUGAAAGAAAGGUGCAUCGUUCACCCCAUUGGAUCUGCAGUAGACUAUCGUCAAUUGGGUUCUGCCGAGCAAGGUUUCUAUUUCGUCGGGAAACAUUACAGUACACUUCUGAAACAGAAGCUCCAAUCUUUAAGUGGAGAUGAGGAACCCAGACCACAAACUGUUGAAGUAAUUAUGGGAAGGAAAUUACAGGUUCCCCUUGGAGCAAAUGGUUGUGCGUAUUUUCCAUUUCAAGAUCUUUGUGAUAGACCUUUAGGUGCAGCAGAUUACUUUGGACUCUUUAAAAAAUUUCACACCCUGGCACUUGAUGGCGUUCCAAAGUUUGGAUCUAGUAACAGAACAGCAGCUUAUCGGUUUGUCACACUGAUUGAUGUUAUGUAUGAGAACAAAGCAAGGUUAUUGUGCACAGCUGAGGCAGGACCGAUAGAACUGUUUGAGAAUAUCGUGACUGUUGCUGAAGCACACAAGAUUUCACCUAGAUCUUCGCGCUCACAGAAAAGCGAUGACCCUGACCUAUGUGUGGACAACGAGCUUGGAUUUGCAAAGGAUCGUACCAUUAGCAGGUUGACAGAGAUCAACAGUAGGGAAUACUUGGAGGACUUUGAAGCGAGAUUGCAGCAGCACCAGCAGCAACCGCAGCCCGUUCAAGGUGUAGAUAAUGCUGAUGUUGUACUAGCAUAAUAAGCAGCAGCCUUCUGUGCCCUCACAUUUGGAAUUCUUGUACUCAGCCCACCUUGCUUACAUAGGAAUCUGAAAAGCUACGCUUUUCCAACAGUGAUGCAUGUAAAAUGUGCAAUAAGCUAUGUAAGAGUAUUUUUUGCGUACGGGUGGGUGACCCAUAAAAUUACUCAUCUAUAUUGAAUUUCUGAAAGAAAAAUGUAUUGUAUCUCACAUGUAACCCAGACCUUCAGAGAGGCCUAUGCUCAAAAACGAGUUGACCCUCAUUGUUUUCUCACA